UUCCUUCUUAUUAAUGCCGCAAGAACUUGCCCUAGACUCGAUUAUAAGCAAACGAAGGAGCGGUGCCACAAGGGUAGAAGAGAUCUUUCAUGGCGGACUUCGAGGGGCGAUAUGAAGGUAACGGCGGCGGCUACCAGGACUAUGGUGUCCCCUCCCCGCCAACGCGAAGCAGUGGCUUUGACGACCGCGGAAGCCAUCAGCAUGAUUCUCAAGAUCAUGAAAGAGAUUCUUCAAAGAGCAGAGACAGGGAAAGGGAGAAGGAUAGAGAGCGGCAUAGGGAUAGAGAUCGAGAUUGGGGUAGGGAUCGUGAUAGGGAAAGCCACCUCAGGGAUAGAGACAGGGAUAGAAGUGAAAGGAGAGAGCCUGCCCGUGGAAGAUCAGAUGAUCGUGAUCGCCAUCGUGUUCGUGAUAGAGACUAUGAUAGGCAUAGGGACUAUGAUAGAGACAGAGAGGGUCGCCGUAGACAUAGAUCUCGAUCUCGGUCAAAGGGUCGAUCUGAUCAUAGAUCAAAGUCUCGUUCUCGCUCAAGGUCAAAGAGUAAGCGCCUUAGCGGAUUUGACAUGGCACCUUCUGGUCCUGUUAUGAUACCUGGUGCUGCUAUGCCAGGCCAGAUACCUGGGGCACCAGCAACAGUUCCUGGAAUGUUUCCGAGCAUGUUUCCAUUAACAGCUGGGCAGUUCCCUCUUCCAGUAAUGCCAGUGCAAGCUAUGACACAGCAGGCAACUCGACAUGCUCGGCGAGUUUACGUUGGAGGUCUCUCCCCUGCUGCUAAUGAACAGUCGGUGGCAACAUUUUUUAGCCAAGUUAUGGCGGCCAUUGGGGGAAACACUGCUGGUCCAGGCGAUGCUGUUGUUAACGUAUAUAUAAACCAUGAGAAGAAAUUUGCUUUUGUGGAAAUGAGGUCUGUAGAGGAAGCAAGUAAUGCAAUGGCCUUAGAUGGCAUUAUUUUUGAGGGGGCACCUGUGAAGGUUAGAAGGCCAAGUGACUACAACCCUUCUCUUGCUGCAGCUCUUGGCCCAAGCCAGCCCAACCCCAACCUUAACCUUGCUGCUGUUGGCCUAAUGCCUGGUUCUGCUGGAGGCCUCGAAGGACCUGAUCGUAUUUUUGUUGGUGGUCUUCCCUACUAUUUUACUGAAGCACAGGUGCGGGAGUUGCUGGAGUCAUUUGGCCCUUUACGUGGUUUUGAUCUUGUCAAGGACAGGGAAACUGGCAACUCAAAAGGCUAUGCCUUCUGUGUUUAUCAAGAUCUCUCUGUUACUGACAUUGCAUGUGCAGCACUUAAUGGCAUCAAGAUGGGAGAUAAAACUCUUACAGUCAGGCGUGCAAACCAAGGUGCAGUACAGCCUAGACCAGAGCAGGAAAGUGUAUUGCUGCAGGCGCAGCAGCAGGUAGCUUUACAGAAGUUGGUCUUCCAAGCGGGAUCCCUUCCUUCCAAGGUGUUAUGUUUGACACAGGUAGUUACAGAGGAUGAGUUGAAGGACGACGAAGAAUAUGAAGAUAUAUUGGAAGACAUGAGAGGAGAAGGCGGAAAAUAUGGCGCUUUGGUGAAUAUUGUCAUCCCUCGUCCCCCUCCUAAUGGUGAUCCAGUUCCUGGAGUUGGAAAGGUAUUUUUAGAAUAUGUGGAUAUAGAAGGUGCCACAAAAGCAAGACAGGGACUUCAUGGAAGGAAAUUCGGCGGAAAUCAAGUGGUUGCCAUUUUCUAUCCAGAGAACAAAUUUGCGCAAAGAGAAUAUGAUGGUUAGCGAUAUAAUACUAUUUGCAUUAAGCCCCUUUUUGUUCCAUAUAUUUGUUCUUGUACCCUUUGGAAGAUGGUGAUUAGAGCUUUUCGAUUUGAUAAAUAUUUCGAAAACUUGUGUUCUCAGAAGAUUUAAUGUGAAUUUUAAUCUAAUUGCGGUGAGAGUUUAUUGUAAGGUUUUAAGCUUAAUUGUUUUAAAAUAUAAUUUGCAUGAUUGUAUCCGUACGUUAAGAGUUUAUGAUCAC